UGCAUUUUAUGAUCGAAGUUUUAGGUUAUGUUGAAAAUUUCGAUCAGCAACCAGCAUUGCUUUGUAUUUGAACAAUAUUAUUAUAUAAUUAAUCAUAGUUGAACGAUCGGAUUAUCAACGUUAUACAAGUGUUUUUCUUAGAAAUCCAGUAUUAUUCAGAUAUUGGAAAUCAAAGCUGUGUCAUAUUUGUGAAGUUUGAGAGUAGAACCUAACCUCUUCCAAUGUGAUUUCUUUUGUGUACACACGUUAAUUUGGGGAAGUAUCUAUCGAUAUCCAUGUAUUUUUAUAGUUUAAAAUGAAUUUGAAUUAUAUUGAUGUACUUUACUAGAUCAAAACUCAUCUAAUACUCACUACUUAACCGUGAAAACGAUCUAUAUAAAAACAUGUUCUCCCCAAUCAGUCAAAAACUUUUGAAAGCUGCCUACAGUUGCUUUACAACCACUAAACCGGCUAGAUUUUCAAGUUUUCCCAGUUUCAAACUAAAUAAACUCACAAAUAAUCAACGAUUACUAUCCAAAAAUCAUCAUUGGUUGUAUUAGUGAAACCUAGUCUGCAACAUCUUGUAAAAUGUUACUGUUCCAAAAACGAGUUGAAAGUGGAUGAUAUUAAAGAUAGUAGUGAUGGAUCUGUAGAUAAUAGUGGUGGUGAAUCAGAUCUAUUUGCAGAUGUCGAUUUCGAUGCGAUUACGAAAGGUGAUGAGGGAAAAAUCAAAGCUUUGAAAGUAUAUAUUUUGGAGAUUGAUGUUCAAAGACAGGAAGGUUACGAAGUUCCUUCCCGUAUAUCCACUGACCAGUGGAUGAAUUUGAUGGAUCUAACAUCUUGGCAACAACGGAAAAAGUACUUACGUUUCCUGUUCCUCAACGAGAAAAAGGUCGAGAACGACAAGAAAAGGAAAGCGCAAAGAAAAGUUGAGAGGGAGGCGUUAUAUUAUAGGAGGUUAGAGGAAGAGCGAGCAAACCCACCUCACUUGAAAUACUGUCUACAUAACAAUUCUAUAUUUAUAAGGAUCUGUGACACAGCAAUGCAUCAUUACGCAAAUAACAGACUAGUACAUGCCAUGAUGUACGGCCAAAAUCUUGUGAUAGAUUGUGGAUAUGACGCUUAUAUGACGAUGAAAGAAUCGUCAAACUGCGCCCAACAAUUAACCUACGCCUUUGCGGAGAAUCGUAACAAUUUGGAGCCGUUCAACCUGCAUUUCUGUAACGUAGGCUAUGAGGACCGGCUGAUACGAAUUUUGAAAAAAGCUAUACCGACCAUGUUUGAGGAAUCGUUCCCUAUGAAUGUGACGGAAAAACAUUAUUUGGAUCUUUUUCCGAAAGAAAAGUUGGUUUAUUUGACCCCACAUACAAAUCAUGAGCUGCAUCAUUAUGAUCCCGAGGAUAUCUACAUCAUAGGUGCCUUGGUUGAUAAAACAAAUAUAGAGCCCUUGUCUCUAGCCAAAGCCAAAAGUGAAGGCCUAAGAAUGGCUCGCUUUCCUCUAGAUCGCUAUUUGGACUGGGCCAGUGGAUCCAAGUCACUCACUCUUGAUCAGUGUAUUAGGAUCAUGCUAACGCUCAAGGAGACCAAUAACUGGCACAAAGCUCUGGUACAUGUACCAAGUAGAAAAAUAGUUCGAGAGUUAGAAGAACCAGAUGAUGAAGUUUCUCACUACGGCCAGUCCUAUAUUGGCAACACUUUCGAGAGAGGUCAUGAAUGGGGAAUAGCCAAGCGGAGAGAGAGAGCAAAGUUGAGCAAACACCUCGAUUUGAGAGAGCUGUUGCAUAAAAAGGAAAACCAAUAAUAGUCGGUAGCUGUAUCACAUACGGGGAUAAUCCAAGAAGAUACUCCGAACUCAAUGGCUAAUUAUCUAUGAUUACCUUAUUAUCAGUUUUUUCACGAUUUCAUAGACCGUUAUUUAGUUCUGUAACUUACAAUAAAGUAUGUUUAUUCUAAAAAUGA